AUGGACAAUGACACCAAACCUGAACUAGAGAUGGGUCCCAAUGCACUAUCAGAGAUAUUCACGCCGGAGAUCAAAGCAGAAGUAACAGCCCUGGUUCAGGCAGCUUUAUCUAAGAUACAGCCGUCAGGUUUCGAUUGCUCUAUCAACAAGGCGUCACCAUGCACUAUUCGAGUUUCGUCAGUCGAUACUGAAACGGAAGCGGACCGCAAGUAUAAAGAGAUCAUAUCCGCAUUUGACGCCAAAUUAGCGGAAAGCGACAGGCAGCUUCAGAGCGCGUAUCAUGAUCUUAGCGAUGCGCAGGACCAACUCGAGAAACAGCGGGCCAAAUCGGUCCAGCUCGAACAGAGAAUAUUACAGAUGUCUGAGGCAGAGGGCAUACUUAAGUCUACGCUUACUGCUCUUCACGCUGAAAGGGAUAGUGCGUUGUCCCGUGAGCGGGAGGCUCUGCUGUGCAGAGAUCGGGCCGAGAUGCAUAAUGCUCAAUUGUCAAGCCAGAUCUCUGAGCUCCAAGGCGAUUUAGAUCUGAAGACAGCAGAGCUGAACGAUGCUAGUUAUAAACAGCAACGACUGGAGAGCCUAAUCAACGAAUUAAACAAGGAGAAUGCGUCUUUGCGGCAGACUUUGUCCCCUCAGGGGGCUCCAACAGGGGCUCCGACUCAAUCCGGAGUAGCAACCAGUCCGCAAAUGGGUCAACCGCCUGCCAACUUGUACUUCUCUGUACCAAUGGCCCCCGGUGGCCGUCGUCACACUGCCCCGAACGCAUUUGCUCCUGUAGCUCCAACCAUCCUCAGUAUCCCGCCUACCAGCCGGCUACCCAAACGAGCUCGAGCUGACUCGAACGCUUCACCUACUUCAGACAGCACGCAAUCUCGUGCUUCCUCUGGUAGCUCCACAAAUUUUGCGCUUCGUCCUAUCAAAGUUGAACAUUCCGCUUCAAACCCACUGGCAUCCACAGAAAUUGUACCACCCAAUCACAAUGGCGAUGUUCUUCCGCGGUACAAGGCUUAUUCCUCAAUAUCUCCGGUCACACCCGUAUCUCCCUAUUAUACGCAGCAAACUGCAUUUGCCUCGCCUGCCCACCAUCAGAAUCAACCACCAUAUCAGGCACCUCCUGGCGUGCCUCAGGGAUCAACAUCUGCGCUCCCUGCUAUGGCAGCUUCCCAAGUUAAGUGUCACCCUCCGCAAUCUUUCGUAUCUGCUCCUGCGCAUACGACGAAGCCCGCACCACAAUGGGGACCCAUACAAGAAUUUAUCAGCCAGAUGUUUGCCUUUACUGUUCCAGGAUUCCCAGAGUGCAAAAUAUGCAAGGUUCGGCCUAUGAGUCCUAACAGACCAACUCUGCCACCCACUGUACCCGACUUGCUCGCGCAUGCAGAACAGCACCAUGGUAAAACCAUGGCGCCCAGACCCACCCAACGGCAACAAACUCAACCAUGA